CAGGAAGCUGCUCCACAAAACGAAACUGUCCCAACUUUGACAGGAAAACUUCUCCUGCUCGUCUUUAAGUCGUUUGACAGGCAUAUUUUGGGUUUAAAAAAUGCAGAGCAGUGCUUACGGGGCUUCGUUGGCUGGCGGCGCUUUUGAUUUAGCCAGUUUUGUGAAACAACCUCAAACCAUUUUGCGCUGCCUGAGCUGGAUAUUCGCCAUCGUGGUGUUUGCCAGCAUUACAGCAGAAGGCUACAUUAACCCUGCAGAGGAGAAAGACACCAAAUGCAUGUUCAACAGCAACGACAGCGCCUGCAGCUACGGCGUCGGCAUCGGAGUCCUGGCCUUCUUGGCUUGUGUUAUCUUCCUCAUACUGGAUGCCUACUUCCCACAGAUCAGCAAUGCCAAAGAGAGAAAAUUUAUUGUCAUAGGAGAUUUGGUUUUCUCAGCCGCUUGGACAUUCCUGUGGUUCAUCUGCUUCUGUGUCCUGACCAACCAGUGGUCCAAAACGUCUGGCCAACUUGUUGUCGCUGGUGAUGCCGCCCGUGCCGUUGUGGCCUUCUCCUUCUUCUCCAUCAUCACCUGGGGUCUCCUGUCCUACUUUGCAUACGGAAGGUAUCGUCAAGGUAUCAGUGACUUUGACCAGGAGUACAGAGACCCAGCCACCGACCACAGUACUCCAUACCCGCCCGCUCCGUACUCCAGCAGCGGCGGCCCCGCAGGCUACCAGCAGUCGCCUUUCUCCCACAACCAGGAGCACCCGGGAGAGUACCAGCCUCCAUCAUAUUGAAGGACUGAGAUUAAGACACAUGGAUCCAACAGGGGAGUUUUUGUUUUAAUAAAAAUGUGUGCCAAUGGUUUCAGUUACAACUCAGACUGUUCUCUGCACUCCCAUUCACUUCCUGCAGAACAUGUUUGCAUAUUUGUGGGUGCACUGAUGUGUUUUUAGUUCAUUUCAUUGUUGUGUGGCAGAUGUUUGUUGUGUUUAAAGUGCCACACAGAGCAGGUGAACUCUGAAAAUAUGAAAAUAUUUUUUUUUUGUUGUUAGAGGGAGAUUAUCUUAGUAAGAGAUAGAGGAUGACAAUUGAUGUCUUUGUACCAAACAGUGAUUUCAGUGCCACUUUUGUUUUGCUUAUAAGUGCAAGCUGUUAAUGUUAAAGCACUAAUCAGCACACGGGUUAGGAUUUAUUUUGUUGAUGGGAAAUCUGCUUUGCAUAUUUAAAAUGAUUUUUUUUUAUGAAUAUGUUACUGAUUAGUACAUAUAAAUAUUUUUUUCAUAACUAUCAAAUCCACACGCAGCAGUUCCACAACUGUAAGUUAAUGAUACAGUUUAGUACAUAUUUGUUUUUCAAUCAUAAAACAAACCCAUGGUAACCAAUAAAUGGGUGCAAUGAAAAUGUUUCAUAUGAAACUACUGUAAUGCCAUGUUUCUGUUCCUUUGUUAAUAAUCAACCACUGAAAAAUGGCUUUUAUGCACUGAAAAGCACACUUCAUUUUUGUGGCCGCACUUAAUUGCCAAUAUCUUAUCCACCAUAAUUAUUGUUUUUACUCCAUUUCUGUCACAAUUACUAUUUAAGGGUGUCCUGUUUUACUUUAAGGUAGCCAAACCAUUGAUUUGUAUCAGCUAUCUCUAAUUUCAUGUGCCUGUCUUGAGUUCAUCUGUAGUUUUGUAAAUUUAGCAAAAGUUUCAGCCAUAAUUUGGUUUCAGGAAUUCAGUGAGGUUUUGGUAAAUUGGUUUAUUUAUUAUCUUACUACAGACUUUUAGUCCAGGUACCUGACAAUCAAACAAAAAACCUACAUUACAUUUUCCACUUGCUUUUCUUACACUGUCGUUUUACCUUUGAACAUGUUGCAGUUUCACUGUUAUGAUCAAUGGCUUUACAAUAUUUCCCCAUUAAAGUGCCUUUAUACAGUAUUCUGUAUUCUCACACAGGGUUUGCCAAAUAAAAACUAUUCUUCUUUUGAAA